AUGCGCUCUCCAAGUCAAGAUUCAUCUGACUGCGAGCUGCGAGGCAGAGAGGUUCAGGUCAACAAGCCGCUGAGACCUGCGCUACCGACGUCGCUUGAAAACGUGAACAACGCACCCGUGUUCACAUCUCCUCGGCGCUCGAUUGAUGAUCGUCUGCGAAAGCACGAGAAUCAACCAAAGCGAGUGGGCAUGGGACUUGUCACCGGAUCUCGCGCAGCAAAGGCUUCUACCCCAUUCAAUACAGGCUUCAGUGUUACAAAUCCUUCGCCUAGCCAGUUGAGAGUUUCGGAGAACACCAGAACUUCCCAGUCUUUUGACCGGGGCAGUUCACGUAUCCCCAGGCUCUCUGUUUCUACGCCUCAAUCACCCCGCUCGGAUAGCCUUGAUGUGGAUGUGCGGAUCAACGAUCACACUCUCGACCCAGUGCUGCCGAACACCACAAUAGCUCCUACUCGUUCGAUCCAGCCGUCAGAUGAUGCAAAAGACAUCAUAAUCAGGGCCAUCGCCGUGGCCGAGAGUGACAUUUCGCGCUAUAAGGGAUUGGGUCGCACCUUCAACGGGGCUAUUGAGCAACUGACGAGUCAGAUCAUCAGAGAUUUUGAGCGUGCAGGCCUGGCUACUAUCCAGGUUGCUGCAACUGAUGCCGCAGUGAACAGUCAGAACAAGGUCAACUUGGACAUUUCUGAGGAGAUGAGUAACAAACUCAAAGGUGGACUCUCGCUGCAUGAAGAUCGCAUUAUCAAAAGACUCGAGUCACAUCACCUGGGGAUGAGGAACCACGAGAGCAAGGUCGGCAACGAAAUCAAGUCGUUGAUCAACAGUCAGAUCACGAAGAUUAUCACCGAGAUUCACGAGCUCGGUCGUACCUAUCGAUCGCAUAGGUUGACUCAACGGUCUGAACUUACGCCGCCAACUUCCGAGGCCACUGGAUCCUCUGGCAGAAAGAGGCCACGAACUUCGAGUCCCUCCAUCGUGGUGGAGAAUACCAACAACUGA